AUGACGCUCAUGGACCCGUCCCAGGGCACCGAGAUGGAACGCCUGUGGGCCCUCCUGAGCGAGCUCUCGGCCCAGCUGUCGCACAACCGCCAGCAGACCGAGGAGCUGCAUCGACGAGCCGAGGAGCUCAAGGCCCAGGCGGUCCACACACAGACGGGCUACACCCUCCGCCGCUUCAACCUCGACGUGAGCCAGGAGGAGUUCGAGUCUGAGCUCGAGAAGCUCAACGUGUCGCUCGUUAUGGAGAACCAGGCCCUGCAGCAGGAGAACCGCCAGCUGUCGAGCCUCCUCAAGGACUACGAGAGCACGCUCGAGGCGGUCAUGGGCAAGUUCCGGGCACACGCACACGCGACGCAGCAGCACCACCUCGACCUCACGCGCCACUACGAGUCGCUCCUUCUCAACAUGCCCGUCUCGAUCCCUCCGCCAGCCGACAUGCCCCAGGACCCGAAAAACGCCGAGGCGCCUCCGAUCGACCCGCUCCACCUCCAGCUGUCGCUGUCGCACCUCGCGUCGCUCGUGCGCAAGGCCCUGCGCGCCCUCCAGGGCGAGGACCCGGACGACUCGACGAGCCCGCUCCUGCUCCCGAUGGGCAUCGGCCAGGCCGCCGAGGCGCUGUCCAAGGCGUUCCCCGGGCCCGGGUCGGCGGGCGACCACGACGCGCAGCUCGGCGGCCCGCCGUCGCCCACCUCAUCGAUCGCGUCCUUCUCGUCCCUCGCCUCGUCGGCCUUGCACGCCCCGCCAUCGGCGUUCGGCGGCGAGUCGGGCGCCGCAGAAGGCGCCCCCACAUCGUCGUCGGCGGACCUCGACCGGCUCCUCGCGUCGCACCACCCGUCGACGGCCCGCUCGCGCAUCCUCGAGUCCGAGGGCGGCUACAUCUCGCGCACGGCGACGUCGGACCCGCACUACGUCCCGACGACGUCGACGUCGUCGCUCGUCGCGUCGCCACCGCUGCCCGGUCAGCCCGCCGUCGUGCGCGACGAGAUGGCGCUCCGCGGCCUCGGGCCCCUCGACGAGCCGCUGCAGCGCGAGAUCGAGCUCGAAGCGUUGCGCAAGGAGAACGACGAGCUCAAGCGGCUGCUCGGGAUCGCCGACGAGGUCGAGCACGAGGCGAGGGCGAGGGAGGAGCGCGACCGGGCCGCCGACGCCGACAGGCGGCAGCGGAGGAGGGAUCGCGACGCGGCCGAUGCGGCGGCAGGUGCUGGGCCGAGCGCGGUCGACGAGGUCGAGGAGCGGUUGCGGCGCGAGGAGCUCGAGCGCGAGCGGCAGAGGGAGGCUCUCGCCGAGGAGCUCCUGCGCGCCGCCGAGCGCGAGGACGAGGAGAAGGCGGCCAAGGAGCAGCGUGCUGCAGCUGCCGCCGAGGGCAAGGGAGGCGCGACCGCGGCGACCACGGCCGCAGCACCGGUCGAGGUCGACUCGGCGACCGUCGCAAGCACGAGCGCCGUCGACGACGAGGAGCUGCAGAUCUAGCCUCUCCUCUCCCUCUCUCCCUCCCACUCUCUGUCCUUGUCCACAUGCUCGUCACGUCCUCGUUGUGUAGUCCCUCCUCUCCUCAGCCGUGCAGCCUCCCCUCUCGUCUAUACCGCCGUUGCCAAUACCCUCGAGCCUCCUCUACGUCGGGCUCGCACGCUCUU